AUGUUCCGCUUGGACAAGUUCGGGCGGGUAGUGGGACGGAUGAGUCGGACUCGGCUCGAGGCGGUGGCGGCGGUAGCGGCGGCGGAGCAGCUACAUCUUUCCACAUCCAAUGCAUCCAAUGCUCGGAAAUCGGUCAAGACCCCGGUGGGACCCGCCGGCCUGGUGGUGCAUGUUCCGAGCUACGUGCUUGACCCGGAGGCAUUCGAACGCGCGGUGGCAGACGGCACCUCCAGGGUGGGCGAUAUUGUGUGGCCAAGUUCUGUGGCGCUCGCCGAGCUGCUCGCAACCGGCGGGCCUCGCUUGGCUCGGCUGGGGCUCGACUUCACAGACAAACGAGUGCUUGAGCUCGGCUCAGGGCUCGGUCUCGCGGGAAUGUCAGUGGCUAUGAGCGCGGCUCCCUCAUCGGUGACGCUAACGGACCACGACUUGGAGGCGUUGAUGCUGGCGGAGCAAUCGGCAAAGGAGAACGGGUUGGCGAAAGUGUCGGCACGACCGCUUGAUUGGCAGCAGCCCGAGCAGUGGCCGGCAGCGACCGAGUUCGACGCGGUCCUCGCCACCGAUGUGCUAUACCACGGCACUGAGCACGGCCCUCUGGUGGCCUUUUUGCAGCACGCGUUGCUCGCCAACGAUGCCGGAGGCAGCGGGGACAAGGAGCCGUUCGCGGUGUUUAUCGAACCGGUGCAUCACGAACGUGUCACCGCCACCGACGGGCAGCAGUUUGAGGCCGUGGCACGUGAUGCUGGGCUCGUGGUCGAGGUGACCGCGCUGCCGGGCCCACGGCCAAUGCAGCUGAUCCGUGUCACCGCCUAA